AUGUUUUUGUUGACACCAGUAGCUAUAUUCCUGCUGACAGCGUUUAAUUGUCAUUCGAUUCAAGCCACUUCCACAAUACACAUUGAUUAUUCCUCAUUCGCAUUAUCUUCUCCAAAUCCUCAAGCAUAUAUAAUCGAGUAUUCGCCGCCUGUCGGUUAUCCUCCAACUGGUUCAGCAGUCGAAGGAACAACACAUUUCACAAAUAUUAAUGGAACUAUUUCAGCUACAGAGUAUACGGUGUCUAUAAGUGCAAUUUUAGGCGAUGGAACUAGAAAAAAUUUAGCUGAUUUGAGUGUUUUCAGUAGUAAGUUUUUUCUCUGAAAUUUUUGAUCUACCAGAUUUUUUUUUACAAUUUGAGGCCUUAGUUAAUUUCAUUCAAAAAAAAUUGCAGGUCCCGAUCCUCCAAAAUUGGAUUCAAUCGAGACAACUGAACAUGAAGCAACAAUUUCAUAUUUUCCGCCACAAGGUCAAAACAUCACAUUCCAAUUAGAAUAUUAUCCAGAAGAUCAUCAAGAAUACGCGAAUUCAAUCGAUACAAAAGCAGCGCUUGUUCGAUUACGUGGAUUAGAUUCGGGUACAGUAUUUCGAUUAAAAAUUCGAAGUUUAUAUAAAAAUGUGUAUUCAAAUGAGAUUAUUGAUACGACAUUUCAAACACAAGGACAACCGAAUUAUGAUUAUUCGUCGAAUUCUGCUGAAAGUUUUAGUGUUAAAACAUUACCUCCAAGUUUCAAUUUGCCAACAACAACUUCGCCUUCGAAUCCGAGUUCGGAAUAUUAUUCGACUGAAGAAGAGGAUACAGAAUCAACAACUAAUCGAUUCACUUUUUCGUUUGUUCCGAGUACAACUCCAAAUUAUAUUGAUGAUGAAGAAUACAGUACGACUGAAGUGAAAACAAAGAUCGAGACAACAUCUACUCCAACUUCAACUACAACUACAACUAAAAAAUCAACAACAACAAAAACAAAACUGAUAACAACCACAACAACAUCAGCCAAGAAAAUGACAGCAAUUGAAGUGAAUUCCGGAGAUAUGGGAGAUGAAUAUCCAACUGAACUUGCAUCUUCAACACUAACUGGAAUCAAUAAAAUGACUGAAGAAUAUGGCGAGCCGGCUGAAAUUGUUUUGAGCGAUGAAAAUGAGAUGUUAAGAAUGGAUUGGGAUGUUCCAGAUCAUGCUGAUUGUGAAGCAUUUUUUGUGAAUUAUACUAUUCUGACAUUGAAUCAUCCUAAGUCUUUUAGUGUUGCAACUUCAGAUCAACAUGCAAAUAUAAAGGUAUGUCAGAUCUCUUGACAAAAAAAUAUCUUAAAAACUUUUCUGAAAAGUUAAUUUUCAAAAUUUUUUGAACUUCCUAAGCUUCUCCCAAAACCUUAUUUCAGAUGUUCCCCGAACACACUUUGGAUAUUCGAGUGUUCUGUAUGUUAGCUGGCGCUUUAUCAAAAACUUGGUGGGCUCAUCGAAUUGCACAUCUUUCCAGUAAGUUUUCUCUCGUUUUUUCAAAAACUCCUACUCACCAAAAAAUUCAGAACCUCGUCAAAUCGAGAAUGCAAAAAUAGUGCAAGUAUUGACUGAUGAUUUUUACGUGGCUUCAAUAACUUUUCAAUGGGAAUGGCCUUAUCAUGAUUUCAAUUAUUAUAAAAUUGUGAUUUCUUAUGGAACUGCUGGAAAAUCGACAGAUGGACAGAAAGAAUUGGAAAUUGUUAAAUAUGGAUCGGAUAAUGUGACAAUUAGUGAUUUGGAUCCCUCUCAACUUUAUACAAUUUCAAUUCGAAAUGCAUCAACAGAAUUGUCUUUGAGUUCAAAAGCUGUUCAAUUACAACAAGUAACAGCACCAAUUAUCUCAUCAACUGUCUAUCCGGGACAAAUUUCAUCGAAUUCAAUAAACAUUAAUUUUGGAGAUUCGGAUGGUAAAUUCGAUUAUUAUCUUCUCACAUUUUCUGGAAAUAAUAAAAAUAUUUCGAAAAAAGUGGAACUGGAACAUGAGUAAGUUAUCCGAAUUAUUUUAUAUUUGAUUUUAUUUUUUUUUUCAGAAAAUCGUUCACAUUCACAAAACUGAUUCCUGGUAAAACUUAUCAAUUUUCGGUUUAUACGGUUUAUAAAGGUGUUCGAAGUAGACCAGUGUCUUCAGAUAUCACGACUUGUAAGUUUUUUGAUUUGAACUCAGAUCAAUUUAUUUUUGCAGAUCCUGUGAAAGUGAAUCAAUUAUUCCCGGUUGUUGGUAAAGAUUAUGUGAUUUUAUAUUGGGAUAUCGAGAAUUUUGCAGAUUCUGAUUGUCGUUUCAGAUUAAGGUAUCUUUCAAUUAUGAAUAUUUUUCUCAGUUAACCAUUUUUUUUAGUUAUAACGCGGAUAAUGUGGAUACUGUAUCUGUAGAACUGAAAGGUGCUUCAAGACAUCGAUUUUCAAAUCUUCAAUCUGAAGUUUAUUAUACAUUUACUAUCACAGUUAUCAUGGGAAUUGGACAAGCUGCAGCUGAAUCUGAAUCUGAAAUGAUUACUGUAGCAAUUCCAAAAGGUCGUCUAACACCUACAGUAUCCAGACAAGGAAGUAGAGAAUUAGUUGUUGGGUUUGAUAAUGAUCAAAGUGUUUUCUCAUUAUUAAAUGGAUCUCCAGAUAAUUUUGCUGUUAUUGUUUCGGAUGAUAUUUCAGUAAGUUCCAAAUAUCUGUAGAUGUUUCUCAUCUCAUUCUUCAAUAUUUAGCUCAACGACGACAAUUAUGAAUCAAAAUCAUGGUUCGAAGUGAAAGAUGAAGAUGUUUGGGGUUCAUAUCGAGCCUCUCCAUCGACGUGGAAUCCAUUUGAUAACGAACGAAUUCGACGUGCUUCAUUCACUGUUGGAACUGAUGAUUGUGUGAAAAGAAAUCUUGACGAACCAUAUUGCAAUGGAAUUUUGAGAGCAAAUACAGAUUAUCGAGUGAAGAUUCGCAUGUAUACGGAUACAAAAGUGGCGAUGGAAACUGAUUGGGGACGAAUUGAGGGAUAUGCGAAGAAUGAUGAAGAAGGUGGUGGUGAAGAAGAGGAAGAGGAAGAUGGUGGGUUUUUUAGUGGUCCGGAAUUUUUGAAGAAAUUGAGGUUAGAGCUAGAAAAGAAAAUUUCAUUUUUGAAAAAUAAUUUUCAGUGGAACAAAUUUGCUUCUCGUUUUUCAAGCGCAUAGUAUUUCUGCCGACUAAAUUUUCAACCAAAUUCAAUUUUCUUUUCAGAUCGUCGUUUCCCUUGCCACAUGUAUUUAAAUGGUUGCAGUGGUCGACGAAGAAAAUCAUCAUCAAAUCUACAACCAUUCACACUUUUAAUAUCAUCCUUCUCCUUUCUUUUAAUUUUCCUUCUCUAG